AUCAAACCUCAAUACACAUGACUAUAUUGUUGUUCAAAUGGCAUUGGUGGUAGGUGAAGCCUCUUCUUCCUUAACUCCUUCCCCAAGAUCAUUCACCUAUCACGUGUUCUUGAGUUUUAGAGGAGAAGACACUCGCACUAGAUUCACUAGUCAUCUCUAUGCUGCUCUUAACAGGAAUGGAAUCACAACGUAUAUUGAUGACAACAAUCUUCGCAAAGGCGAUGUUAUUUCCGAUGAACUCCUGAAAGCAAUUGAAGAGUCUAUGUUUGCCGUUAUAGUUCUCUCACCCAACUAUGCUUCUUCCAGUUGGUGUUUGGAUGAGCUCUGCAAAAUCCUUGACUGCAACAAGAAGCUAGGGCAACACAUCGUGACGGUCUUCUAUGAUGUAGAGCCUUCUGAUGUGAGGCACCAGAAAGGAACCUUCGAAAAAGCUUUCAUGAAACACGAACAGAGACAAAACGGUGAAAAGGUUAAAAGAUGGCGAAAUGCGUUAACACAAGUUGCUGCUUAUUCUGGUUGGCACCCUAGAAAUCGCAAUGAGGCAGCACUUGUGGAAAGCAUUUCUAAACAUAUACAUGAAAUACUGAUUCCAAAGUUGCCAUCUUCAAUGAAGAAUCUUAUAGGGAUUGAUUCAAGAGUGGGACAAGUGAUUACUCUCAUAGGCCUUGAAUUGAAUGAUGUUCGCUAUAUAGGCAUAUGGGGAAUGGGCGGCAUAGGUAAGACAACUAUUGCUAGAGCUGUCUUUGAAACUAUUCGAAGUAGAUUUGAAGUUGCUUGCUUUCUUGCUGACGUAAGGGAGCGAUGUGAGAAAAAAGAUAUUACUCACAUACAAAAACAACUUCUUGAUCAAAUGGGUAUUAGUUCAACUGCUCUUUAUAGCGAGUAUGAUGGGAGAGCAAUACUUCAAAACUCGUUACGUCUCAAAAAAGUUCUUCUUGUUCUUGAUGAUAUAAAUCUUGAAAAGCAAUUAGAGAAUUUAGCUGGAGAGCAAGAUUGGUUUGGUUCUGGCAGCAGAAUAAUAAUUACAACCAGAGACCAACAUUUGCUACAGGAACAAGGGGUGCAUGAAACUUAUGAGGUUGAAGGAUUAGUGGAAAUUGAAGCCUUUAAUCUCUUUUGUUCAAAAGCUUUUAAACUGCCAGAACCUACAGAAGGGUUUUUGGAUUUGUCCAAAGAAGUAGUCAAUUAUAGUGGCGGUCUUCCUUUGGCACUUAAAGUGUUGGGGUCCUAUCUUUAUUGCAGAUCCAUUGAAGUUUGGCAUAGUGCUAUUGGAAAAAUAAAGAAUUCUUCCCAUUCCGAUAUUAUUGAUGUAUUGAAAAUAAGCUAUGAUGGUUUAGAUUCUAUGGAAAAGAACAUUUUUCUAGAUAUUUCAUGUUUCUUCAAAGGAAGAUCAAGAGAUUAUGCAACAAAGAUAUUAAAAUUAUGUGGUCAUCAUGCGGAAAUUGGUAUUGAUAUUUUGAUUAAUAGAUCAUUGGUCACAUUAGAGCAGGAUAAGUACGGGGAGGAUACUCUGAGAAUGCAUGAUCUGAUUGAAGAAAUGGGCAAACUUAUUGUAAAUCAAGAAUCUCCAGAUGAUGCUAGUAAGCGAAGCAGGCUGUGGUGUGAAGACGAUAUCGAUCUUGUACUUAGACAAAACAAGGAAACUAAAGCAACACGUAGCAUUAUUCUAUACGACAAGCGGGAUGAACUGUAUUGGAAUGAUUUAGCUUUCUCAAACAUAUGUCAGCUAAAGCUCCUCAUUUUAGACGGCGUGAAAUCUCCCAUUCUCUGCAAUAUUCCCUGUACAUUAAGAGUUUUGCAUUGGAGUGGUUGUCCAAUGGAAACUCUACCCCUUACAGAUGAACACUAUGAACUUGUUGAAAUUGAUCUGUAUCUUAGCAAAAUUGUACACGUGUGGCAUGGAAAAAAGUUUCUAGAAAAGUUGAAGUACUUAAAUCUGUCAAACAGCCACAACCUGAAGCAAACGCCUGAUCUUUCUGGGGCUCCCAAUCUUGAAACACUUGAUCUUUCAUGCUGUUCAGAGCUGAAUGACAUUCACCAAUCUCUCAUACACCACAAAAACCUUCUUGAAUUGAAUUUAAUCAAGUGUGGAAGUCUCGAAACGCUUGGAGAUAAAUUAGAGAUGAGUUCACUCAAAAAACUAGAUCUAUAUGAGUGCAAUAGUUUGAGAAAACUGCCAGAAUUUGGGGAAUGCAUGGAACAGUUAUCCAUUCUUACUUUGAGUUGUACAGGCAUAACAGAGCUACCCACGACGAUUGGAAAUUUGGUUGGCCUAUCUGAGUUGGACUUACAAGGAUGCAAAAGGCUUACUUGCCUUCCAGACACCAUAUCUGGAUUAAAGUCCCUCACGGCUUUGGAUGUUUCUGACUGCCCAAAUCUUCUCCUUCAAUCUUUGGAUUCUCUGUCUACUCUAACCUCAUUGCUUUUAUCGUGGAACAAAUGUGUGGAGGUUCCAAUAAGCAUCCAUGAAUUUCCCAGGCUCAGGCAUCUGGACCUAAAUGAUUGCCGUAAUCUGGAGUUUUUGCCGGAGCUUCCAUCAAGUCUGAGAGAAUUGCAGGCAUCGCGUUGUAAGUCACUGGAUGCAUCCGAUGUCAAUGAUGUUAUAUCAAAGGCGUGCUGUGCCUUCGCCGCAUCAGCUAGCCAAGAUGGUGAUGACGUCAUGCAAAUGUUGGUUUCAGGGGAGGAAAUACCAUCAUGGUUUGUCCAUAGGGAAGAAGGUAACGGAAUAACAGCCACAUUUCCACAUACUGAAACCAUUGCACUUGCUAUCUGUUUCCGAUUGAGAUCAACAUCAAGGCGCAUCAGAGGAGAGCCUUCGGUUAUCUGCAAUGGCGAAGAAUUCAUCACCGAGACUUUACUUGCAAUGCCGGUGAUUGGAUAUUCUCCGCAUUUUUUCCUUCUAUGCUUGAGAAGUGACUGUUUUGUUGACCAAUCUUGCCAAGAUUAUCUCUUCCAAAUGUUAUUUCCUAAUGAUUAUUAUGGAGAUAUCACAGUAGAGAGUUCAGGAGCCCGCUGGGUAUGUAAGCAAGACAUUCAAGAUUUGAUGAAAGCUGGAACUGAAACAGCAACAUGAACAUCUCACCUUCUCCUCCUGUUAUUUAUUUUGUAAAAGGUUAGCACCUAAGAUGAAAUGCACUCAUGAUAAACGUAAUUUCUUCCCUAAAAUAAAAUUAUAUAAUUUUCCAUUUGAGGAGGCGGCCAAGCUUAUCUAAUAAAAGAAAGAAUGUGGCAUAUUUUUGUGGUUCAUGGAUCUUUUGUUGAGAUUACAGAUUCUCUUUACUUGCUGGGUCAAGAUAUGCAUACUUUUAUAAAUUAUAACAAAACAUGUAUCUGUCCACUGAUUCAAGCGAACAGCUUCCUUUGGAAAUUCAGAUGGAUUGUCUCAAAUAUAAGUACCAUGCAUCAUCUUUCUUUGGAUUUGAUUGUGGCAACAAGCAAAACAUGAAUUUCUUCACAAAUCGCUGCUAUCGGUGCUAGUCCCCUGAAUCUGCAAUAGUUUUUGCAUACAGAACAUAGAACUAUAUGUCGGGUUGUGCCCCCGACUUGCACCAACAUCAGGUGGGGAUACUCCCAUUUCCCUUCAACAAAAUAAAAAAGGAUGAAUUUGAGUAUAUAAUGUAUUUUUUAUUUGUUUUGUGAAAAACUUUUUGUACUUCUUUGACUUUCUUUUCUGCUUUUUCAUUCUAGAAUUGUUCUUUAAUUUUGUUAGAUGUUAG